UCAUUUCAUUUUCUUUUUGUUUGAUCAUUUUGGAUUUUCUUUCGAGGGCAGAAUUUUUUUGAAAAGCAGACGUUGCACUUUUAAAAGUUUUAGCUGAUGCUUGCUGUCUUCCUCCACCCCUAUAUAAAUCGUCCUUCCUUCUCUUCCCUCACCUUCCAUAAUUCCAAAGCCAAGCCCCAAGGCAAACCAAUUCCCGAAGCAACCCUAAUCCGAAUAUCUAAUUGGGAAUUCCAGACAAGGAAGGAGAAGAAAGACGAUGUCUGCUGCCGUGUGUGGGAGCAAGAGAUCUUUCUUUGAAGAGCUCCCGCCGUCGCCUCCGGUCUCCAAGAGGCUCCGCUGCUCCUCUUCUUCUUCUCCGAUUCGAUUUUCUGCGCCGUCGCUUCUUGAUCAGCUCCGCUCCGUCUUUCCUCAUAUGGAACUCCACAUUCUUGAGAGAGCAUUGCAAGAAUGUGAUAAUGAUAUGGAUGCUGCCAUCAAGAGCCUGCAUGAGCUUUGCCUAGGAUCCGCAGAGGGAAAUUCAGGUUGUGCUGAAGACUCAGAUGUACAUGUGGAGAAGGGUGAUGGAAAUGUUGUUGCUCCUGAUAACCUAUCAACUCCAAACAACCUUCCUGUGGAAGGUGCAGAAUGGGUUGACUUGCUUGUGAGGGAAAUAAUGUGUGCUACUUGUAUGGAUGAUGCCAAAGCUCGUGCUGCAAGAUUGCUAGAGAUUUUAGAGAAGUCCAUCAGUUCACGUGCUGGUGAAGCAACACAAGUUCUUCACAAGGAAAAUGUGAUGCUAAAGGAGCAAAUUGAAGGACUCAUGCGGGAGAAUACCAUUCUCAAGCGUGCUGUGGCUAUCCAACAUGAACGACAGAAAGAGUAUGAUGAUAAGGAUCAAGAGUUACGACAUCUUAAGCAAUUGGUAUCUCAGUAUCAAGAGCAGUUGAGAACACUUGAGAUGAACAACUAUGCAUUGUCAAUGCAUCUGAAGCAUGCCAAUCAGAGUAGCUCCAUUCCUGGACGAUUUCAUCCCGAUGUCUUCUAAGAAUGCGAUGUAAGUUUGCAUUUGAUAACAGCAUCUACGAAGGAUGUAUCGUGAACUUGUUAUAUGUCAAAGGUCGUUUAUGUAAGUUGGGGCCAUUUAUGUCUCCAUGUUCUCCGUUUAUGUAAGCAAUAAUUUUCAGUCAAUUUCAAAUAAGUUGGAUGAAUGUGUUGUAUCUGGUCAAGUGGUAAACUUGCUUGGCAUAUUUGCAAACCGUCAUUUUCCCCAAUGAAUUACUAUGCAUAUUUCCACUUA